UGUCUGCUGCACUGAAUGAACAGAGUCUUCAUCAGUGUGAAUGGAAACGCCCGGGUGACGUUGUUGUGUGACUCUUUUUGUGUGGUGGCCAAAAUAGUUACAACACCAGGACAGGAUCUGACAGAGACAGACCUCAGUGGGAAGUGGUUCAGCAGUCAGGCUGUGGUCAGGGCCAUGUCGACUUCAACCGGUGCCAGUUCUCCCUACACCACCCUCUCCAUCAGCCACCCGGCGGAGUUCAUCACCCAUGUGGAGCUUCACCGCCCGGAGAAACUCAACUCCAUGAACAGAGCGUUCUGGAGUGAGAUGGUGGAUUGCUUUAAUGAGAUCGCCAUGAACUCAGACUGCAGAGUGGUCGUGGUUUCUGGAGCCGGGAGGCUCUUCACAGCUGGUAUCGACCUGGUUGACAUGGCCAGCGAUGUGCUCAGUCCAGAGGGCGACGACACGGCCAGAAUCUCGUGGAACCUCAGAAAAACAAUCGUCAAGUAUCAGGAGACGUUCACAGUCAUCGAGAGGUGUCCAAAGCCUGUUGUGGUGGCCAUCCAUGGAGCGUGUAUCGGGGGAGGCGUCGACCUGAUGACAGCCUGUGACAUCCGUCUGUGUACGCAGGACGCCUGGUUCCAGGUGAAGGAGGUCGAUAUCGGACUCGCAGCAGAUGUUGGAACUCUCCAGAGACUUCCUAAAGUCAUCGGCAGCCGCAGCCUCGUGAACGAGUUGGCUCUGACAGCGAGGAAGAUGUACGCUGAUGAAGCCAAGAGCAGCGGACUGGUCAGCCGAGUGUUUGCAGAUAAGGAGGCCAUGAUGGCCGGAGCUCUGGAGAUGGCCGGGGAGAUCGCUGCUCGCAGCCCUGUAGCUGUGCAGGGCACCAAAAUCAACCUCAUCUACUCCAGAGACCACAGCGUGACGGAGGGACUGGACUACAUGGCUACCUGGAACAUGAGCAUGCUUCAGACUCAAGAUGUGAUGAAGUCCGCUCAGGCCGCCAUGGAGAAGAAGAGUCCUAAGAGCGUAGUCUUCUCCAAACUCUAACACAGAGGUCAAAGCUGCUGUUUCAUCUCCACUGUGGCCUUCCUGUGGGACGAGAACUACGCCUGCUUUUCUACAUCGUAACAGCUGGAAGCCUCGAUCAGUGCAGACCAUCCGUCUCCCAAAGAUGUGUUUGUAACUUAAUCCAAACAUCUUUAACUUCAGGUGAUCUCUUACAAACUGUGAUAAUGGUGACAACAAGCAGAACAUUUAAAUGCUGAACUAACAUGAAAAUAUUAAGUUAUUGUGUUUGUAUAUUUGACUGUUUUAAUCUCAUUAAAUCUGAAAGUUGAA